AUGUUGCGGAUCUCCGAAGUUAUCGAGGAGUGGGAUGUGAAGCUGUCGACGGUACAUGCUCCCGCAGGUUCGCGUGGCGUCAACGUUACUGAAGAUGAUUUGGACCACAUUGCUGAUAAGUAUGGGUACAAAUUCAAAGAAAAUGAGAAAGCACAUUACGCAACUCUUGUGGCGGCAACAUGUAACGCCAUGCAGUUUGUUGAUGAGAUGGAUGACUACCAGCCUGAGCCAGAUUUCACUCUUGCGCCCAGGGAGAACAUUCAUUUUCCUGAUAAGAAAGACAAUCAAGACAACGCGUGGGCUUUCCGGUUUCGUCUUGCUCAUAAGUCUCCCACUAGCAACUUGUUGCAAGGAAAAAGUGUAUGUAUCAAAGACAACAUAGCUGUCGCUGGUGUUCCUUGUUUGAUAGGAAGAGAAGUCGAGUCGGCCUGGACGCCGAAGAUUGAUGCGACAAUAGUGUCAAGAAUCAUUGAAGCAGGUGGUGUCAUAGUAGGAAAAGCUGUGUGUGAAAACCUAAGCACUAGUGCUGCUUCGUUCACAGCAGGAACGGGACCAGUCAACAAUCCGUAUGCCAAAGGCUACAGUGCAGGUGGUAGUAGCAGUGGCACUGCAAAUCUGGUUGCAAAGGGAGUAGACCUAGGUAUAGGUGCGGAUCAAGGUGGAUCUAUCCGAAUACCUGCUAGUUUAUGUGGUCUUGUAGGGUUCAAGGCUACUGCUGGAUUGGUACCGUACACCGGGUGUAUCUCAAAUGAAGCACUCAUAGACUACGUUGGCCCCAUGACAAGGAGCGUUAUCGACAACGCUAUUCUUUUGGAGGCCAUUGCUGGAGUUGACGGGCUUGAUGAUAGACAAAGAGCCGGCACGCCAUUCCGAGAACAAGUACCGAAGUAUUCGCAAAUUCUAAUCGAUACUCAAGAAGCCGGCAUUAGAGGUCUUCGGAUUGGUGUGUUAAAAGAAGGGCUGAGUUCGAGUAUUAUGGAUAAAGGCAUUAAAGAGAAAUUUCUCGCUGCUGUCGAGGUGCUGAAGGCAUUAGGGGCCAAAGUUGAGGAGGCCAGCAUUCCGAUUCAUGAAAUUGCUCCUGCAAUCUUUGGUGCUGCAAGUAAGCAAGGUGGCGCUAUUGGGCGAGCUGGUCAUGCUACCGGACGACGUCAAGUAAUGUUUCCCGACUUAUACAGUCAGUUAGUCCCUCCUACAGCCGAGGUGAUCGAUAAAAUGAGUCCAAUAAACAAAAACGCGCUCUUUUCCGGCGAAUACUGCUGGGAAAAGUUUCCUCAGGUCUAUGCAAAAUCCGUCAACCUCUGUCGCAAAUUGACUGACCACUACGAUGCGGCUUUGGAAAAUUACGAUAUUUUGGUCAUGCCUACGACCAUCACACCCGCUGAGCCGUUGCCGUCACCCGAUGAUAAUCCAAUUGUAAAAAUGAGCAAGACUAUCGGAAAACUUGAAAAUACUUGCCCUUUCAACGCAACAGGUCAUCCCGCUUUAGCUGUGCCCAUUGGUUUCGUGAAUGGAUCGGGAGGCGCGAAAGUACCUGCUAGUAUGCAGAUUGUGGGGAAGUUCUGGGAGGAGGUUACUUGCUACAAAGUCGGCUACGCUUGGGAGAUGGCGAAGGAUUGGAAGAAGUUUUAA